AAGCCUUGUUACGGCUACCACUACUUGUCCUACUAUAUCGUGUUCGUUUCCAAACACAUAUUGCUCUUCUCGCUUUCUUGCACCAAGUACAAAAUACAACAGCCUGUUUGAGGACUUCGACGUCGCUACAACUGGUGCACACUUCUGCUACGAGGCUCCGCAUAUACGCAUAUAUUCUUGACUUCAAGCCUGUGAUGCUCAGCUAUUCGACUGCCUGCAGAAUUUACUUGGCGGUGAUCAUCACAAUCCUCUCCUUGGACCAGCUUGUACAUGCUACUCCUACAGAUGUGGCAAAGCACAAUCAAGCCUCGCUAGGGAAUUUCCGGACAAAUGGGAACCUGGAUCCAUACCCCGACAAGCCACGCAUUACUUUCAGCCCAGAUGGGACUUUCAAGAUCACCGUAUUCUCCGAUUUGCACUUUGGAGAGGGUCCUGAAACAACAUGGGGCCCUGAGCAAGAUGCCAAUAGUACACGGCUCAUGAGGAGAGUCCUACCAGAGGAGAAGCCUGAUUUUGCUGUGAUCAAUGGCGAUUUAAUUACGGGCGAAAAUACAUUCAGAGAAAACUCUACGACACUUGUAGACCGAAUCGUUGCUCCCUUCAACGAAUUUCGCGUGCCCUUUGCCUCUUCUCAUGGAAAUCAUGAUAAUCAAGUCAACAUUACCCAUCUGGAGGAGAUCAUUCGUGAGCGGCAAGCUAGUUCUUUUAGUUACACUCGUUCCGCGCCAUCCGGAGUGGGAGGAGAGGGCGGUCCAGGAAACUAUUGGGUCCCGGUAUAUGCGAAUGAAGAAGAUUAUCAUCCCGUUUUGAUUCUGUGGUUCUUUGACUCUCGAGGUGGAUUUUCGCCUGGUAGAAACUCAACACCAGUUCCUGACUGGGUCGAUUCAUCUGUUGCGCAGUGGAUUGAGAGCGAAACAGUCUCCAUGGAAAAUGAGUGGGGGCCUGCAGAAAGUCGGGGAGCAUUGGCAUUUGUCCAUAUUCCGCCACGCGCUGUGCAACCACUUCAGGCAACGUUGAACCAUACCUCAAAUCCAGGGCUCAACGAGGAUACCCUUGGGCAGGGUAGCACACAAGCUAGCGUCAAGGAUUCAGAUGCUGGCAAAGAUGAGCCGUUCUGGAAUGCUCUGAACAAAUAUGUCAAAAAUCUUCAUGCUGUGAUUUCUGGUCAUGAUCAUGGCAAUGAAUGGUGCUCUCGGGAGACGGCCAAGAACGUUAUAUUUUGCUUUGACAAGCACUCCGGAUACGGCGGGUACGGGAAAUAUUGGUGGGGCUUUGGCGUCCGCAAUCUGCUAUUCACGUCAACGGAUCCUAAAGACGGCGUGGAUACUUGGAUCAGGCUUGAGGGAGGUGAAACUAGGGCAAGGAUUGUACUUGAUGAUAAUUACGUAUAAGUGUCACCUAGUAAAGACAAUGGUAACGAUUAGUUGAACC